AUGGCGCGGCGAGAUUUUAAAUCGAGAAAAAAAAACGAGCGAAUCGUAAAAGAUAGUUCGUCUGCUGGUGGCAGCACUCGCGAACCCGACCGUAGCGAGCUUGGUUUUGCUGUUGCAGGGGUCUCGCCCAAGAAGGUGUUCACGUGCCAGCUGUGCGGCAAAGUGCUGUGCUCGAAGGCGUCUCUGAAGCGCCACAUCGCCGACAAGCACGCAGAGCGGCAGGAGGAGUAUCGCUGCAUCAUCUGCGAGCGCGUUUACUGCUCCCGGAAUUCGCUCAUGACGCAUAUCUACACUUACCACAAGUCGCGACCCGGCGAUAUCGACAUUAAGUUCUUUUAG